CUGCUUUCUAUCCCCUCUUUUAAGUUUUGAACACAACAAAGCACAAAGCUUUUUUGUGUUAAUACUUGCACGUUUUUGCAGCCAUGGAAACUGGCAUAGCAUGCUAUACUACCCGUGCUGCUUUCUUGCCUACUGGUAUUCCUUUCAAGCACUCUCCUCCUUCUAUAUCUCCAUCUUUUGGCUUCAAGAGUCUGAAAUCAAGCUCUUUAUUUGGAGAAUCACUAAGAGUGUCAUCCAAAUCAACACACAAGGUUUCAAAGGCAAAGGGCGUUUCACACAUAACAAGAUGUGAAAUUGGUGACAGUCUGGAAGAAUUCCUUACCAAGGCAACACCAGAUAAGGGGUUGAUUAGGUUGUUGAUGUCCAUGGGAGAAGCACUAAGAACAAUUUCUUUCAAAGUGAAGACAGCAUCUUGUGGUGGAACACAAUGUGUGAAUUCCUUUGGGGAUGAGCAGCUUGCUGUUGAUUUGCUAGCUAACAAGCUUCUCUUUGAGGCUUUGGAAUACUCUCAUGUAUGCAAGUAUGCAUGUUCCGAGGAAAAUCCAGAGCUCCUCGACAUGGGAGGUCCAGUGGAAGGUGGAUUUAGUGUUGCAUUUGACCCCCUUGAUGGAUCCAGCAUAGUGGACACAAAUUUCACAGUUGGAACAAUCUUUGGCGUGUGGCCAGGCGAUAAGUUGACCGGAGUCACCGGUAGAGAUCAAGUCGCCGCCGCCAUGGGUGUUAUGGGUCCUAGAACCACCUAUGUCAUUGCUGUUAAAGGCUUUCCCGGAACUCAUGAAUUUCUUCUUCUUGACGAAGGAAAAUGGCAGCAUGUCAAAGAGACUACAGAAAUUGGUGAGGGAAAAUUAUUCUCUCCGGGAAAUUUGAGAGCCACAGCUGACAACCCCAAUUAUGACAAGUUGAUCAACUACUAUGUCACUGAAAAGUACACUUUGAGAUACACAGGAGGAAUGGUGCCAGAUGUCAACCAGAUUAUUGUAAAAGAGAAGGGCAUAUUCACAAACGUGGCAUCCCCAUCAGCAAAAGCCAAGUUGAGGCUUUUGUUUGAAGUGGCUCCUUUGGGGUUGUUGAUUGAGAAUGCUGGUGGUUACAGCACUGAUGGUCAACAAUCUGUGCUAGACAAAGUUAUAACCAAUGUUGAUGACAGAACUCAAGUUGCUUAUGGAUCAAAGAAUGAGAUCAUUAGGGUUGAAGAAACCCUUUAUGGUUCAUCUAGGCUCAAGGGUGGUGUACCUGUUGGAGCAGCUGCUUGAUUAAGAUUCUUCUUGCCAACCAAUUUUCAAUCUCAACUUUUAUUUUUGCACUUUUUUUAUAUAGAUAAAAUAUGUAAUAUGUACAACUUAGUCAUAGAUAUAUUAUGUUUAUGACUAUGAUGACAAACUUGAAUUUGUGCUGGUAUGACUAGUACAUAUACCCAUGAAUCCCAUUGUGCAUUAAGCCAA